CUACCCUCCCCCUUCUCCUGGAAGGAUGGCCCAGAAGGAGAACGGCUACCCCUGGUCCUACAGCCGCCCCACGGCUCAGUCUGGCCUGAACACGCUGCCUCAGAGAGUCCUCCGGAAGCAGCCUGCCACCCCGUCAGUCCUGGUCCUCAUGAACCGCUCCAAUUCCCAGCCCGUGGCUGCCCCUGGCCAGAAGGGCACGGAGAAUGGCAGUGGGGCACCCACCAUCUUUACGCGCCCCUUGACCAUCGACGACUUUGAGAUCGGCCGUCCUCUGGGCAAAGGCAAGUUCGGCAAUGUGUACUUGGCCCGGGAGAAGAAAAGCCAUUUCAUUGUGGCGCUCAAGGUCCUCUUCAAGUCGCAGAUCGAGAAAGAGGGUGUGGAGCACCAGCUACGCAGGGAGAUCGAGAUCCAGGCACAUCUGCAGCACCCCAACAUCCUACGCCUCUACAACUAUUUCUAUGACGGGAGGAGGAUCUACUUGAUUCUGGAGUAUGCCCCCCGCGGCGAGCUCUACAAGGAGCUACAGAAGAGUCGUACCUUUGAUGAGCAGCGAACAGCCACGAUCAUGGAGGAGUUGGCAGAUGCCCUGAGGUAUUGCCAUGAAAAGAAGGUCAUCCACAGAGAUAUCAAGCCGGAGAACCUGCUGCUGGGGUUGCAGGGAGAACUCAAGAUCGCCGACUUCGGCUGGUCCGUGCACGCCCCCUCCCUGCGGAGGAAGACCAUGUGUGGCACCCUAGACUACCUGCCCCCUGAGAUGAUUGAGGGGUGCACGCACAACGAGAAGGUGGACCUGUGGUGCAUCGGGGUGCUCUGCUAUGAGCUGCUGGUGGGGAACCCACCUUUUGAGAGCGCGUCCCACAGUGAGACGUAUCGGCGCAUUGUCAAGGUGGACCUCAAGUUCCCCCCAUCAGUGCCCACAGGGGCCCAGGACCUCAUCUCAAAGCUGCUCAAGCACAACCCCUCUGAUCGUAUAUCUCUGGCCCAGGUCUCAGCUCACCCUUGGGUCCGGGCCCACUCUAAGCGGGUGUUGCCCCCCUAACCCUGCAGUCUGUCCCCUGAUUGCCUUGGCUGUGUGUGUGAGUGUGUGUGAGU